AUGGCCUCACUCAGUGAAGGGCUGUUUAAGUCCCUCCCGGCCCCGAAGUAUACAGGUGAAAACGAGGAGCUACCUGCUCACGCUCAACGACGCGGACCAAGAGUAGUCGGUGCUGAUGCGAUUGAUGAGACACAAAUAGUGGUAAAGAGGGCUGGCCCACCACCUUAUGGAAAACGCGCCGGGUGGCGACCACGAUCGUUGAAAGAUUUUGGAGAUGGCGGUGCAUUCCCGGAGAUCGCUGUUGCCCAAUAUCCCCUCGAUAUGGGCCGUAAAGAUGCGCCGAAUAAGUCAAAUGCUUUAGCCCUGCAGGUCGACGCCGAGGGCAAGGUGAAAUACGACUCUAUCGCAAGGCAGGGCCAUAACGAGAACAGAAUCGUACAUGCAUCAUUUAAAGACUUAAUACCGCUACGACAGAGGGUGGACAUGGGGGAAAUAUCACUGGACAGGCCAUCACAGGAAGAAGUUAAUGCGCAAAUGGAGAAGACAAAAGCCGCACUGGAAAAAUUGGUUAGCGGAGCAGUUUCAGCCCAGAAGCCGAAGAACGUCGCUACCGGAAAGAGGAGCGAGCCUACGUUUGUUCGAUAUACCCCUGCAAACCAGAUGGGUAAUGCAAAUCGGAAAAAUGAUCGAAUUAUGAAAAUUGUGGAAAAACAAGUAGACCCUCUCGAACCCCCAAAGUUCAAACACAAGAAAAUUCCACGUGGACCGCCGUCACCACCUCCGCCAGUCUUACAUUCCCCUCCCCGGAAACUUACGGCUGAAGACCAGGAGGCGUGGAGAAUCCCUCCGCCGGUCUCGAACUGGAAAAAUCCAAAGGGUUACACGGUACCUCUUGAUAAACGAUUGGCUGCCGAUGGACGAGGGUUACAGGAUGUUUCAAUUAAUGAUAAAUUCGCUCAGUUUGCAGAAGCAUUGUUCACUGCUGAUCGACAUGCUCGGGAGGAAGUGAAGCAGAGAGCACAGAUGCAACAGAAACUGGCUGAGAAGGAAAAAGCCAAAAAGGAAGAACAUCUUCGGCAGCUUGCUCAGAAGGCAAGGGAGGCUAGGGCUGGUGCAUCUAGUAGUCGCCAUGAAUCUCGAGCUAGAUCCCGCAGUGGCAGUCGAAACUCUUCGCCUUAUUCUUCCAGGUCGCCUAGUCCAAAUGAAGAAGACGAAGCUGUCCGGGAACGUGAGAGGAGACGCCGUGAACGACGCCAGGAAGAUGAAAGAAAACUUCGUCAAUCUAGAAUGGGUGCUGAGCGACGUGUCCAGGUUAUGGCUAGGGAGCAGAACCGUGAUAUCUCUGAAAAAAUUGCAUUGGGGUUGGCAAAACCAACACAGAGCAAGGAGACUAUGUACGAUUCUCGACUGUUCAACCAGACUAGUGGUUUAGAAAGUGGCUUUAACGAAGAUCAACCCUACGAUAAACCUCUUUUUGCUGCUCAGGAUGCUAUUAACAGUAUAUACCGUCCUCGUGCUCAGAUGGAUGAUGAUGAUGAGACUGCUGGGGGAGCAGAAAUGGAUCGAAUAAACAGGGGAAGCCGCUUCGAGGUGUUAGGACGUGCCAAGGAAGGAUUCAAGGGAACUGAGGACGCCGAGGCUCGCGAAGGUCCUGUGGAGUUUGAAAAGGAUACCGCGGAUCCGUUUGGUAUUGAUGGAAUGAUUGCUGAGGUCACUGGUGGCCAAUCUAGUGUUGGACAGAAAAGAUAUGGCAUCCAGGAAUCAGAGUCUAGCCAGCGAGAAUCAAAAAGAGCACGGGUAGACGAUGAAGACAAUGAAGAUCGUGAUCGAAGGAGAUAA